CUAAGUCCGUUCGAGGACAUCGUCGCUUCGGCGCAGCAGCAAUAAGGGAGAUCCCCAAGUCCUAACCCGAAUCCAUUUCCAACAUCCAUUUCGCUACGAUUUCUUGGUUGUCUGAGGAGCUCGGUUUGUGAAAGCUUUUGGUAGCUCGUUUCAUUUUGUGUCCGUUUGAUCCUACGUCGUCGUCGUCGUCGUCGUACGCCGAUCUGUGCAUGAUGGCGCUCAACCUGGCCCACCAGACCGGCGCCGCGGCGGCCGUUGCUGCUGCUGCACCGGCGGCGCCCCGCACCGCGGUGGUUGCGGCGGCUUCAGCGACGGCGUCUGCGCCGUCGGUAGCGCCGGCGGCGGCUCCGGGCCUGCAGCUGCAGACGCUGACGGUUGACCCGUCGGCGCCCGCGCAAACGCCGGAGCCAUUGCUGGCCGGGAAGCCAGAACUCGCCAUGGCCUGCCAGGCGCUGGUGGACAGCCUGCCGGAGACGGAGCACCCGGACGUGGCCGGCGAGGAGCGGCGGAAGGCGGGCGUGCCGGUGUACGUCAUGAUGCCGCUGGACACGGUGCGCAAGGACGGCAACGGGCUGAACCGGCGGAAGGCGGUGGAGGCGUCCCUGGCGGCGCUGAAGAGCGCCGGCGCCGAGGGGAUCAUGGUGGACGUGUGGUGGGGCAUCGCCGAGAGCGAGGCCCCCGGCCGCUACAACUUCGCCGGCUACAUGGAGCUCAUGGAGAUGGCAAAGAAGAACGGGCUCAAGGUGCAGGCCGUCAUGUCGUUCCACCAGUGUGGCGGCAACGUCGGCGACUCAGUCACCAUACCACUUCCGAGAUGGGCAUUGGAGGAGAUGGACAAGGACCAGGACCUGGCUUACACGGAUCGGUCCGGCCGCCGCAACCACGAGUACAUCUCGCUCGGCGCCGACGCCCUUCCGGUGCUCAAGGGCCGCACGCCGGUCCAGUGCUACGGCGACUUCAUGCGCGCCUUCCGCGACCACUUCGCCUCCUUCAUGGGCAACACCAUCGUCGAGAUUCAAGUCGGCAUGGGCCCGGCCGGCGAGCUCCGCUACCCGUCGUACCCGGAGAGCAAUGGCACCUGGAGGUUCCCCGGCAUCGGCGAGUUCCAGUGCUACGACAGGUACAUGCUGAGCAGUCUCAAGGCGGCGGCGGAGGGGGUGGGCAAGCCGGAGUGGGGCAACGCCGGGCCGGGUGAUUCCGGCGGAUACAACAACUGGCCGGAGGACACGCCGUUCUUCCGCCGCGAGGGCGGGUGGAACACGCCGUACGGUGAGUUCUUCAUGAGCUGGUACUCGCAGAUGCUCCUGGAGCACGGCGAGCGCAUCCUGUCGGCGGCGUCGGGCGUGUUCACCGGCACCCCGGGAGUUAAGAUCUCCGUGAAGGUGGCUGGCAUCCACUGGCACUACGGCACGCGCUCCCACGCCGCCGAGCUGACGGCCGGGUACUACAACACGAGGCACCACGACGGGUACCAGCCGAUCGCGCGGAUGCUGGGGCGCCACGGCGCGGUGCUCAACUUCACGUGCGUGGAGAUGCGCGACCACGAGCAGCCGCAGGACGCGCAGUGCCGGCCCGAGGCGCUGGUGCAGCAGGUGGCCGCCGCGGCGCGCGAGUCCGGCGUGGGGCUCGCCGGCGAGAACGCGCUGCCGAGGUACGACGAGACGGCGCACGACCAGAUCGUGACGACGGCGGCGGAGAAGGCCGAGGAGGAGCGCAUGGUGGCGUUCACCUACCUGCGCAUGGGCCCCGACCUGUUCCAGCCAGACAACUGGCGCCGCUUCGCCGCGUUCGUGAAGCGCAUGUCGGGGUCCGGCGCGCGGGACAUGUGCCGCGAGCAGGUGGAGCGGGAGGCGCAGGGCGUCGCGCACGCCACCCAGCCGCUCGUGCAUGAGGCCGCCGUCGCGCUGAGCAACUGAUCCGCCGGCCGGCCGCGAGAUGGACGGCGUAGAAGGGUAAAAACGCUACACAUAUAAAUACUACUCUCCCAAAUAUUAUUUGCUGUAAUCUGCGUCGCGUUGCGCGACACCGUUGAAAGCGUGUAAGCUUAAGCUGCGAUAAGGAGGACACAAAAAUAUAGUGUGGGUGUGAGUCUGGGUUACUGGGUUAAGUACGAGUACGUAGUUGCCACGUUUCAAGCUUUUGAUUGCCGGCCGGUUUUGGCGUCGCUCAAAGCUUGCAAGGAAAUAUGGAUGUACUAUGUAUUCUGAUAUUUAUUCUCUAUGACAAGGAAAACACUUGCAUUUGAAAAAUCCAAAA